GGUGAGGGACAGGGGACAAGCCUGAGAACUGCGUGGUGCCCAGCACCCAGCGUGUCCCUCCCAGCCCCUGGCCUUUGUGAGGGAGGGGAGAGCACUAGCUGCUUAGGAAGCUGGGAGUCAGCAGUGUGGGCAGAAGGGGAAGGAAGAAGGAGGGAAUCCACAGAACCUCUGGCUGUGGGGCUGGAGAGCCAGCCCUGGGGUCCAUGAACAACUGGCACAGACCGAGAACCAGCUAUGUGCGGAUGUUAGAUUCUCUCCGCAGCUGUGUGAUGUGGACUGGUGAGGACUGAGGCACAGGAACGUGCAAUGACUUCCAUCAACAGGAGGGGGAGGGUUUGAGUCCCAGCCUGAGCGCCCAAGGCCGGUGCUCCUGCAGGACACGGCCCCCAGGCUGUGAGGAAAGAGACUUGGAGCUGGGCCCCUGGACAGCAUCCCUUCCUUGAUAGGGUGAUAAGGCUUCAGCAGGACUGUGCAGUGCCCAACUGCACCAAGGAGCUGGUUGGUGCCCCAGCUGAGCCCAGGGAGAGAGAAGCUCCCCAAGGCAGGCCCACCCCACUUUUCUGGGCCCCACUGACCUUUGCUCAGAGUCCAAGGCUCCCAGGAAGGAAGAGAGGCAUUCGUCUGGUUGCUGAGGAGGAUCAGCCCCAGAGGCAGGGACCUGAGACCUGGAAGAGGCCUUCUUCGGCCCCAUUUCCUCCUAAACAAGAUGGCCAGGCUAGCAGGGCCUCAGCUGUGCAGGGAAGCUGGAAUCUGACCCAGUGGUGGUGGUGGCCCGGUCUCCAUGGCAGCCGGAGGUUUAUUACCCGGUCUCCACCCACCUUGGCGGACUUUCGACUUGAAGCCAGAGGAGAGGAACAGAGAGCACGGUUCUGACAGCCAGAGCCCCAAGAUGGCCAAGUUUCUUUCCCAGGACCAAAUUAACGAAUACAAAGAAUGCUUCUCCCUGUAUGACAAGCAGCAGAGGGGGAAUAUCAAAGCCACUGACCUCCUGAUGGCCAUGAGGUGCCUGGGGGCCAGCCCCACUCGAGGGGAGGUGGAGCAGCACCUGAAGACACACGCAAUAGAUAGAAAUGGAGAGCUAGAUUUCUCCACCUUCCUGACCAUUAUGCACACACAAAUCAAACAAGAGGACCCAAAGAAAGAAAUUCUUCUGGCCAUGUUGAUGGCAGAUAAAGAAAAGAAAGGUUACAUCAUGGCGUCUGAGCUGCAAUCAAAACUUAUGAAGCUGGGGGAGAAGCUCACACAGAAGGAAGUGGACGAGCUUUUCAAAGAAGCAGAUAUUAAGCCAAGUGGCAAAGUGAAGUAUGAUGAAUUUAUCCAGAAGAUCACCCUUCCUGUGCAAGACUACUGAACACACAGUGUGCAAAGGCGUCUCUCUGGGCCUGAAAACCUAGACGGAUUAAUUUUUAAAAAGGGAAGUAUUCUUUUCACUCUAGGGUGAGGACAAACAGCAACAGGAUGACAUUACCCUCCUGUAGCACGAGAUAACUGGCAAUAAAUGAUUUCAGUUGUGGUAUUGGCAUGU